AUGUCAUCAGAAGAUGAUGCUGGUGGGGAGACUCCUGGGGGCAGUUUCUGGGAGGCUGGAAACUACAAGCGGACAGUGAAGCGUGUGGAUGAUGGGUACCGACUCUGCAAUGACUUAAUCUCCUGCUUCCAGGAGCGAGCCAAGAUAGAGAAGAAUUAUGCCCAGCAGCUAACAGAGUGGUCCCGUAAGUGGAGGACCAAUGUGGAGAAAGGUCCACAAUAUGGUACUCUGGAGAAGGCCUGGCAUGCCUUCCUGACAGCUGCAGACAAACUGAGUGAAAUUCACUUGGCUGUCCGAAACCACCUGGCUGGUGAAGACUCGGACAAGAUCAAGGCCUGGCAAAAGGAGGCCUACCACAAGCAGAUGAUUGGGGGCUUCAAGGAGACCAAGGAGGCAGAGGAUGGAUUUCGCAAGGCCCAGAAACCCUGGGUGAAGAAGAUGAAAGAUGUGGAAACUUCUAAGAAAAACUACCAUGCAGCCCGGAAGGAGGAGAAGACAGCCCACACAAGGGAGAACCAUGCCAAGGCAGACUCGUCUGUCUCACAGGAGCAGCUGCGCAAGCUGCAGGAGCGUGUAGAGAAGUGCACUCAGGAGGCUGAGAAGUGCAAGGAUCAGUAUGAGAAGAUGCUGGAAGAUCUGAAUCGCUACAAUCCCCGCUACAUGGAGGACAUGGAGCAAGUGUUUGAGGGCUGUCAGGAAGCGGAGCGCAAGCGUUUGUGCUUCUUUAAGGAGAUGUUCCUGAAUCUGCACCAGCAUCUCAACCUCUCCACCAAUGAAAGCUUUCAUGCAUUGUAUCGAGAUCUCUACCAAGUCAUCAUGGCUGCGGACAACCAGGAGGACCUGAAGUGGUGGCGCAACACUCAUGGACCAGGCAUGGCGAUGAACUGGCCUCAGUUUGAGGAAUGGUCCCUCGAAACACAGAGGCCAAUCACCAAGAAGGAGAAAAGUGGCAAGAUGGCUGAUGAUGUCACACUGACCAGCAUUUUGCCUACACGGGAUGGGGUUGUCUCACAGACCCCUUUGCACACAAAGCAAAGCGGAGGGAAGGAAGACAUUUCAGAGUGGUCAGAUGAGGACACUCCCAAGAAGUGCCUGGAUGCCAACGGGCACGAGGAGGACAUAAAGGUGCCAGGUGUACGGGUACGAGCGCUGUAUGAUUACACAGGACAGGAGGCUGAUGAGCUGAGCUUUAAAGCAGGUGAAGAACUAAUGAAGAUCAGUGAGGAAGAUGAGCAGGGCUGGUGCAAGGGCCGCCUUCUCAACGGCCAAGUUGGACUCUAUCCUGCAAAUUACGUUGAGAAGGUUGGAUCAUGAUUGGUACUGCCCCGCUCACAGCCAAACCAGCAUCUCCUGCAGAGGUUAUGUCACUGGCCCCAAUCUGCCUCUGCAGUAUAUCCAGUAACUUUUGGACUUCAAGGGCACGUAUUCCAUGUAACUAGUGCUUCAUUUUAAAUGCCUAGACCUGUAGGGGUUUUCUAAUAAAUAAACAAGGGAUGAAUAAAGACCUCUCUGACUGGGCACUG